AUGGUAUUAAACCUCUACAAUACAAACUUAUCAAAUAAUAACACAUCCACCUAUCAAUACAAAAGUAAUAAAGCAAACUGGGCAGAGUUUAAAUCUGCCUUGAAUACCCAUUUGUGUAACAGCGGAUGCCUGGAUGUGAACAUCUCCACACUUGGUGCCACUGAACUAGAAGAUUUUAUAACAAAAACCACUGACAUCAUACACGAGGCAUGUCGAGCAUCUAUGCCUGUCAGAAAAAGCGGCGCCAAGUAUAAGCCAAUAUGGUGGACUGAAAAACUAGAAAAUUAUAAAAAGGAAGUAAUCAACCUUCAUCACAAGAUACACCAAGCUAAAAAAAGAGGUCUCCCUCUUGAUCAGUUGAUAAAAGAGAGACAGGAAAAGAAAAAGGAGUAUGCAGAAGAAAUUCGGCGAACGUCAACUAAUAACUUCAAGGAAUUUUGCCAACGCCAAGACAAAGAAAAUGUUUGGUCACUUACGAACCGACUGCUAAAAGAAACGAAACGAAAUCGCCCACCAAGUACUUUACAAAUUGGCAACACAUAUACCGAUAACGAAGAAGAAACUUCAAAAGCAUUACUCAAUCAAUUUUACCCUGAUGACACUCCUGAUUCCAUUCCCAGACACGAAGAGCUCAGAAAAGACUAUAACACUUUUCCAAAUACAGAUAAUGACAUCCCAUUCAGUGAAGAAGAAAUACUUGAGCACAUCCAAAGUAUGAACCCAAAGCGAGCACCAGGAGUUGAUAAUCUUACAGCCGACAUUUGCACACAUUUUGCUCUAGCUUACCCAAAGUUACUAACUAAUAUAAUGAAUCGAUGUCUCUCUCUUCAAUAUUUCCCACGGCAAUGGAAAAUAGCUUAUGUUAAAAUUAUUCCGAAGCCUAAUAAAAAUAAUCCUAACGACUUAAGCGCAUUUCGCCCAAUUGGUCUCUUACCUGUAUUUGGAAAAUUAUUGGAAAAAAGUUUCAUAGCCAGGGUCAAAUAUCAGGCCACAAGAAAUGGCAAAAUGUGCGACCGACAAUUCGGCUUUAAAGAGCAGACUAACACCACAGCAGCCAUAUCUUCAGCUAUAGAAAUUGUUAAAAAAAGCCAAGCAAAAUAA